AUGCCCGCCCGGUCUCGUCAAGUUGGCUUGACAAUUGGCGUGGAAGUCAUCCUGCGAUCGCGAAGACGUAUCUCAAAGCAGUUGAACGAGCGGAAGUCCUUUGAAGCCCACGGGGUAGAAGAAGUCGAAUUUUUCUACUCAAAGCUUCGAGAAAUCAUCACCAGCUACCGUAUUGGCAGUUCAGAGAUCUGGAAUGAAGACGAGGCCGGAAUACGCAUUGGACCCAGCAAACCGAGAAUCCUGCACGAAGGCAACAUAUCAUUUUCGCGGGUCAACUUCCUCACAGCUUUUCAGGACGUAUAUGAGGCUGGCUUCACGCGGCAUAACAUUAUGGCGGCAUUUGAAAAAACAGGCCUCUUUCCUGUCGACCCAGCGCCGGUGAUCACCAAGAUCCUCCACGAGCAGCUACGACAACAGCAGCCGAUCAAUCCUGCAUACGCCUCGCUCCUACCCUCGGAGACGCGUUUCCAAGUCGCCGCGGAUGCCCUCAAUGAUAUCCGGCAACGGUAUGGGCCCCUCAUGAGCUCGCCAUCACGAGAAAACUUGCGGGUUCUUGCGAAAGUGAACACCGAGUCUAUCGCGAUGGCGUCACAUUCCCAGGGCAUAGUCAGCGAUAAGAAUAGCCGAACCCAGGCGUAUGCGAAUCGAAUGAAGAGAGGCAAGAUUGUCAGGCCGCGCGGAGAGUUUAUCACGAGCUCCAGCAUGGCCGACAUCACCCGGGAGUAUGAGGAGCUCCAGGCAAAGCAAACCCGGCUUCAAACGCGCCAGGAGAUAAGGAUGCAUCUUAAACGAGUUCGUGGAGAGAUGCAGAAGAUCCGAGAAGACUAUAAAGUCGGGAAGAAGCAGUUAGUCAAUGGCAGAGUCAAGACAUUGAACUUUAAGCCCUGGCUAGAGUUUACGGGACGAGACGUUGAGUUCUACACUCUGGAGCAAAGUUGCGAUACCCUCAUGCGGGAGCUCAAAGAGCCAUCCAAGGAAUCCUUUUUCUAUGAUACCACGAAGAAAUAA